CCCCUCUCUCGCUCUCACCACUUGGCUGCGUCUCUCUCCUACGCGCUCGAACCCAUUCAGAUUCGAUCUUUCUCCCGAGAGAGAUAUUCCGCAGCUAUGUUGGUUUAUCAGGACCUGCUAACCGGUGAUGAGCUCCUUUCUGACUCAUUCCCAUACAAGGAGCUUUUUAAUGGAGUUCUCUGGGAAGUUGAGGGAAAGUGGGUUGUUAAAGGAGCAGUUGAUGUUGAUAUUGGUGCAAAUCCCUCUGCUGAAGGUGGCGGGGAGGAUGAGGGUGUUGAUGAUCAGGCUGUGAAGGUGGUUGACAUUGUUGAUACCUUCAGGCUCCAGGAGCAACCUGCUUUUGAAAAGAAGCAGUUUAUGGCCUAUUGUAAGAAGUUUGUCAAGACAUUGACAGAUAAGUUGGAGGGUGAGAAUCAAGAGAACUUCAAGAAGAACAUUGAGGCAGCAGUAAAAUUCCUGAUUUCAAAGCUCAGUGACCUUCAAUUUUUUGUGGGUGAGAGUAUGCUUGAUGAUGGCUGUCUGGUGUUGGCUUACUACAAGGAUGGUGCUACUGAUCCAACAUUUUUGUACUUUGGCCAUGCAUUGAAGGAGAUAAAGUGCUAAGGAAGCAGGGUUGGCAUUUGCUAUAGUUGAAGUUUUGUUAUUGUUUAGUUUUCAUUAAUGUGCUGUGUGACUUAAGAAUCUCGAUUUUUGGUUUCAGUUGUGGUUUGGUGUUUAUGUGAUAUUUUAACUCUAAUGUGGUUUUAAUGAUUUGUUUAACAUACCAAAUAAUUUGAUUGUUGAUCUAUUUUACUUUUUAAAAUUAUAGA